AUGAGCAGUGGUCAUAUCCCAGCUGAUGUCUGGACCGCCAUUAGCGAUCACGUCGUCCAUCCCAAGCUUCACAUCACUCUCAGCCAGAUAUGCACGUCGUCUCGCUCGAUCUACGAGGAUGAAGACAAGUGGAAGUUGCUCUGCCGGUCCAUAGGCGUUGGGCGGGGCACUGUGGAGAAGAAGGACACCGGUUGGAAGCAGAAGUUUGUGGAGGUGGUGAUGCACAGGGAGAGGUGCAAGCUGCCUCAGUGCUAUCAGUUUGGUCUUCCUCCGCUGAGUACCGUUGGAGACCUGCUUCCUUCCCCCGAGGCGACCCAACAGCACCAAGAGUACCUCAAGACCUCCCGCCCUUGCAAAUGCGGCAAGCCUUUCGGUCACUCGGACGCACACAAUCCGCCUGAGGGGACCGACGUACUUCCGGACGAGGACCCACAUGCGCCAGGCGUCCAGGUUGACGCGAUGACCGCACUUUUCGGUCAAUUGCUGGGUGCGGCGCCUCUCUCAGCCUCUCAGUAUCAGCAGAUCUUCAACGUCCCCCUGCCCGCCCUGGGCGCGCCGAUCAUCCCCGCCGCACCGCCUGCUCCUCAGACAGGCGAUGAGACAGCCGAGACCGCUCCCCAGUUCCCUCCGGACGACGUCCUGCCCCAGACUGCAGCCAUCACGCCUCACCUUCUUCCCCUCAGUUACAAAAACCGGAAGAAUGUCCCUCGACAACCCGUCCUCCACCCCUUCCUCGCCGAGACAGGUGGCGUCCAGUUCCAGCGAUGGCUUGCCGGCCAGACCGUCCUCCUGCCCAUACAGCCAUACUCCGCCGCCGAUGAGCUGUCAGGCAAGCUGGAAGGCGUGGAUUGGGACGUCGAAGAUGAACGGAGCACAGAGUGGACGGGGCGGAACUUCGUCCCUCUUGAUGGGCAUCACAUGCUGUUGAGGGCAUUCGCUACGAAUCCGCCGGUGGCCGAGAUGACUGUCAGCCUGCAAGAACUCGAAGUCAGGCUGGUCAACCGGGACGGUAUCACCAUCAAGGACGUCAUAUACCACCUCAAUCGAUACCUCAAUAAGCCCUUGUCACCGCAGGACCUCGAUAAGAUUUGCGGCAGAGCCGGACGAACGCCCGAUGAGCUGGAUGAGAUCUACAGCUGCGAUACAAGACUUGCCUACCUGGCAAGGGGUAUGCCGAAAUCCAGGCCGGAACUUGGGCGGUGGGGCGAGCUCGUGGCGGCGAAGUGGGCGGAGGCGGUACAAUACUGA